UUGCAGGGACCAUCAACGCAGCGGACUUUUGUCUGUGUCCUUUCUUUGAACCAAUCCGAUAUUCGCUUUCACUGGUCUGAGUGGCUGUCUUGCCUCCUCCAGUCGACGCUCUUUCACCAUGGUGUCUCAACUUAUCACCAUUCUCGCUGCUAUGUCAGCUGUCACUCCUUUUGUCUCUGCCUUUGACCCGCAGUCGAAAUCAAAUGUUGCUGUUUACUAUGGACAAGGAUAUGGGCAGCAACGGUUAAGUCACUUUUGUCAAGAGACGUCUUUGGAUAUUAUCAAUAUUGGGUUCAUUAAUGUGUUCCCGGAUCAGGGUGUUGCCGGUUGGCCUGGAAGUAAUUUUGGCAAUCAGUGCGAUGGCACCUACUACACGGUUGGCAAUAAAACGACGGAGCUGCUCAAAGGCUGUCACCAGCUAGUGGAAGACAUCCCGAUUUGCCAGGCUGCGGGCAAGAAAGUCUUCCUGUCUUUGGGGGGCGCUUCACCCGACACUCAGCAGAUCUUGUCCGAUGACUCUGCAAAUCGUUUUGCCGACUUCCUUUGGGGUGCUUUUGGUCCCAAGACCGACCGUUGGAUGUCCAAAAAUGGCCCUCGCCCCUUUGGUGACGUUGUAGUUGAUGGCUUCGACUUCGACAUUGAACACAAUGGCGAUUACGGCUACGCAACAAUGAUCGAUCGACUAAGAUAUCACUAUUCCUUACAUAAAGGUCGUACCUUCUAUAUCUCGGGUGCGCCUCAAUGUGCGAUACCUGACACACAUCUCGACAGCGCGAUUGCCAACGCUUACUUCGACUUCAUCUGGGUACAGUUCUAUAAUACUGAGGGUUGCUCUGCCCGUGACUAUGUCGAAGGUACGGCAGAUGGGUUCAACUUCGACAAAUGGGUCGAUGUCAUCCGAGCAGGGGGAAAUCCGAAUGCUAAGCUUUAUGUUGGAUUGGGCGCCAGUCCGAGUGCCGUCAAUUCGGGGUACUAUGUCUCCCCCGUACAGGUCUUUCCGCUGAUUGCAGAGUCCAUGGCGCGCUUCCCCGACCACUUCGGUGGUAUCAUGCUUUGGGAAGCGACGGCUUCGGAUGAGAAUAAGUUCGGCGACGAAACCUUCGCCGAUGUGAUGAAGCAGAUCCUCGUGACCAUUGACCCUACUCCUGAGACAAGCACUGUUGUGCCUUCCAGCAGCACGCUCGUACCGUCAUACACUGCCACGAGUACUCCUGCGGUGUCCAGUUCUUCUGCAGAGGCAAUUUCCUCCGCGGCGUUCACCUCAUCUGCGAGGACACCUUCUGUCUCGUCUAUUGCUUCUCCAGUGUUUACUGCUUCUACGGUGUCUAGUCCUCCCAUUGUGUCUAUCCCUCUAGUGGUAUCCAGCUCCUCUACGGGACCUAGCUCCUCUGCCGGGUCCGGUUCUCCUGUUGUGUCGUCUCCUGCUGGGGGUUCUACUGCUCCCGUGGUGUCUACUACUGCUGGCGUGGGAUCCUCUGCCGUGCCAAGCGUCCCAUCUAUUGCUUUGACCUCACCUGCGGUAUCCAGCAGCCCUUCCAUUUCCGGCGCAUCUGUUCUCACGAGCAGCUCUGUCGUUACUAGCACGACUGUGAGCGUUUUCGCGGUUUCCUCCGGCCCUGUUGCUCCUAGCUCUUCCCCUGUCUUCAGUGCACCUGCAGUAUCAGGUAUUUCCAGUGCUUCCAGCUCGCCUACUGUGCCCACCACCCCGGCAGCGUUCAGCUCGUCGGCGUUCUUCAGCUCGCCAGUGCUUUCUGGCUCCACGGCCACGUCCAUCGCACCCGUGGUUACAACGAAGUCUGUGCUGGCCAGCUCGCCUAGGGCUUCCAGUCCUCUGAUGGAGACAAGCCGUCCUGUCCUCACUCACUCGUCCAGCGUUUCUAGCACGCCCUCCAGCUCUCUUGUGAUCUCUGGUUCUGUCGGCGCUACUUCUUCCUCAGCCACCAGCUCUCACAUAAUCCACAGCUCGUCUGUGCUGAGUCUCCCUGCAGUGUCUAGCUCCUCCGUGGUCACAAGCAAACCCGUCAUUCCAAGGCCGAUCUCUUCGACUGUCGCUACUCCAGGUGUUUCUGGGGCAUUGAGCUCUUCUGCCAAUCCUGAUGUCUCUGGCCAGGUCCCGCCCAGUGCCUCACAAUUUCCUGCUACAGUACUCGCCUCGAGCUCUGUGCUGUCUUCUUCGGGCUUACCUUUAACCUUUUCUGCGCCUUCGGGCUCAAUCAGCGGGGUCUCUAGUAAUGUAGAUCCUUCUUCUGUCGCCGAGACUUCUUCUGGCCUGCCUUCUACUUCAGGCUCUGGUGUGGGCUCCGCCACGUCGACCGUCUCGGGCAAUGUUUCUGCAAUCGCCUCCUCUACAGGCUCUUCUAUCAAGUCAAGCACGGCGACUUCAGUUCCAUCAACGGUGCAGCCCGGAGGCUCGGGUUCAUCGGUUUCAGGAACAAUGCCGGUGUCCCCUCCCUCUGACACUCAAGUGGUGUCUUCGGUGGCUUCGCACACUAGCAUAAUAUCAGGCUUGGAGCCAUCUUCAGGCUCGAGUGCAUUCAGCAUUCUAGUUUCUUCUAGCGGUGCGUCUACUACUGCAACUGCAGGACCCUCUCGUGCAUCUGGUGCCACAGGGCCCAUGUCGAGCUCAAACACGUCAACAGUUUCGAGCACGGCCGACCAGGGAAGUACGACUGAUCUGUCGGGCGCGACCUAUAGUGCCAGUAUGGCGUCUGACCAGACAAGCCGGUCAACAGCUGUUCCCACGGAUGCCACAGCCACCGACAGCGCUGCUUCUGCUGUUAUCACCUCGAGUAUUGCAUCUAAUUAUGGGGAAACCUCUGUGUCUCCGAUGAGCUCUGUUUCAGAGCCCGUGACCAUGACUACGGUCAUUGUAACCUCCUAUAUCGACAUCUGUCCAGAGGGCUUCACGACCAUUACUACAACUUACAAGACCACGUACUGUCCUGUCACGGCUGCAGCCACUGCCACUGCCACUAUUCGUGACACGGUCACUGGCGCUCAGGGUUCACCAACUGCUGAGACUGCGGCUGGGCCCGCCGCUAAUACGGGUAUCCCAGCUUCCCAGGCUUCUGCAGCUACUGCUGUUAUUCCCGACGGCUGGACGACGACGGUCACGGUCUGCACACACUGUGCUGCGACACCGACUACAGUCACCUUGACUCGGCCGGCUACUACCGAUUCGUCGGUACCUGUGUCGUUGGCUACGGUCUCGCCCCCCUUGUCUGGCUGGACAACCACUAUUUCUGUUUGCGCUGAUUGCGGGCCAACGCCUGUCACAGUGACCGUCACUGUACCCAUCAGCACGAAUGUAGCGGCCACAGGCAUCCACGUCGACAAUCCAUCCGGUGUUGAUGCUGUUCGUGAGGGGUCAACGGGUCUCGGUGCAUCUUCGACCUCUAUUAAGCCGAGCUCUCACUUCACUUCCACUGCUAUUGCAUCUUCUGGUCAGGCAACUCCUAUUCAGGCUGGAAGCACAAGAGCCGACGGUGUUCGUCCUUCUUCGACACUCCUCCUCCAGCCAUCUGCCAGUGGUUCCCUAGGAUCAGGGGUGCCUAGCAACACAGGGGGGAGUGUGUCGCCGUUGUUCACAGGCGCAGCUCCUCGAUUGGCUGCCUUCGAACAUGGGACCGGGGCCAUUGUUACCAUUGCCCUACUUCUGCUCACUGCCUUGUAAAGAACCCUUCUCUUCCACUUUCUCCUAUUUUUCUCUUCUCAUGGCCUGUAUUGUCUAUCUUUCGCCCGGCGAUGGGGCAUACAGUUGCAUUUUCCCUCUUACCGUUUUGAAACGAAUGACCA